UCUGGGUGAGGCUGUGUUUGUUAAGCAAGUCAACCAUGGAAAAACUUACUUCCUCAGCCUCUGCUGGCAGUAUGAGACUUCCUGCAGGUGUUCAAACAUGCUAUGAACCCACCUCCAAAACACUGCUACCUUGUCAGAAGCAAAACAUCAAUCUGAAACUGUGGCACUUUUAACCACUUCAUGAAAACUGACCUCGGAACAGCUCUUUUUAGAUGUUAAAUGUUAAUGCAACUUUGUGUAUUAUGCUCAUAUUGUUUAGCUGCUAAAGGGGAGACAGCUUUGAAUGUCCUGCAAACUCUGCUUCCCCCAUCCAUCUAACGUUACGGAGAGGAGGAGAAGGCUUCAGACCCACGACCACAGAGGCACAGAGGUCCUUGACAUGCGACCUGUGGGGACCAACAUGACCAGGGGCAUCAGGGAUGUAACGAGGGGAACACAUCAGACUGUUGCCAUUGUUCCAGGCCACGCCAUCAAGUCUGAGUCUUUGCCGGAGGAUGCAUACCUGGCAUAUGUCCCCAGAUGAAGACUGUGUGUCUUCUAUUGGAGAGGACCCUGUUUCAAUCAAUGCCCAUGUGAAGAUCUUACAGGACCAGUACAAGAAGACCCAACCAGAUGCUGCAAUAGUGGAUGAAAAAAUGAAACAAACAUUUGCUUGGAGGAGGAGGGAAAUAACCAAUGGCAUUCCUGUUGCUGAAAUGUUUCAAAAAUAUCCCUUCCUUAGGACCCCUUCAGUUUUGUUUCAGGAAAUGGGUCGAAUGCAUGCCGAAAAUAAUUUCAGCCGGUGUUUCCAGGAUUCCUUCAGCAAAAUUGUCUCCAAUGUUUUGAGUUUGGCUAAGGGGAAAUCCGUUAUAGAAGCACAUUACAUGGAUGCCAGAAGCGAAGCUGUUGCAGAGAGUCUUUGUGAUAUGGAUUUUCGUGCUGCUCUGGUUUUACCUUCGGUGAUUUUCAGGGAGAAAGUGGAUGAUUAUAUCACAAUCGGACAGGAAGAACCAGCCACACCAUAUCCCACUGUACAGAUUUUGGGAGCUUCUGACUGGAAACAGGUCUUCAGUGAGAAGAGAAUCUUCAGCACUGUAAAAAUGGAGGGAUCUGAAGUUUGCAGAGCAGUUGGGGCAGAGGAUGGUGUUCUCUCUGCUUUUUGCGCAUAUUUUGUAUUCAACCUUGCGUAUCCCUCGUACAACAGGAACACUCUACUCUUUCUCCAAAGGCAUGUGUUGAAGGUAACUGCACCUGGUGAUAAGCCAUUGCCAACUGCUGUCGUCAGGAUUAUUAAUUUUUUAUCUUAGAUUGAGAGGAUGCCACGGCCCUAUGCAUGUCCAAAGUGUUCACGCAGACACUUUACUGUAGUGAAACUAAUCAAACAUAUAGGAUUGAUUCAUGCUCAUGAGCAUGACUUUUCCAUCUGUUGCGGACUUGAUGGAUGCCAAAAUUUCUUUUUCAAAUACGAGUCUUUCAGGCGUCAUGUAUAUAGAAAACAGAACUCACAUUUGGCCAAGUCGUUAUAACGUCACUGGAGCGGAUGAAGUUGACAUUAGUGACAAUGAAGUCAACAAUGAUACUGCAGAGGAUACUCCUGAAGAUGUUGUGCUGGAUAUGAAUGAUCUUUUGACUAAUUUAGAUACAUUGUGGAUACUGUGUGGAAAACUGUUGCUCCCACAACUGUUUGAUACUCAUUUCCAUGCAUUUCGGGUUUUAUAUGACAAGGAUUGAUUUUGUGUGAUGCCAGGAGAGGAACUGGACUACCAGGCAGUUGACCUUUAUGCGAUCGAUGACCUCUUGAGCUAGAUAUGCAUAGUCAAAUCAUUAGAUAUGUGCACACAUCAAUGUUUAUAAUUGAAUUUUUUAAAAAUGUUAAUAAUGUAAUGUAAAUGCAAGGGUAUUGUGUGGAAGGUAAAAAUGAAUUUAAAAGUCUGAAUUUUUUUUUUAUUAAAUAGCUUGUGAAUUUUUAUUGUAGAAGGGAGAAUGAAAUUGACAUUUUAGUGUAAUUGUUUUAUGAAAUGUUUUGUAGCAAAUGGAGAAAUGUUUUUUUUUUUUAUGUUCAGUUAAAAAUAUGUUUGAAAUCUCCAUUGUUAACUGUAAAGAAGAUUUUAAACAAAAAGAAAAAUUUUAACCUGGAAUAAGAGUAUUGCGCUGAGGG